AAAAACGGAAAUAGUUACGUGGCCGCUUCAGGCAGCUAACAUUCUGCAUGAUGGCGACAGAGGUUCAGAGCGGCGACCUCAACAAUGGCAGUUCUAGCCGGCUCGAAGUCUCCAUCGACGGCCUCACCCUCAGCCCCGAUCCCGAGGGCGAGCAGGAGCAAGUCGCUGAACCGGACCCCGAGCCCACGGGGCAGGAUACCGAGGACCUGAGCGGCACCGACGAUGGGGAGGAAGGCGAGUCUGCCAAAACCACGAUAGAGAGGAAAUGGGGCUUUGGUUUGCUGGAACUAUACAGACUAGCCUUGAAAUUCUUCAAAGAUAAGGAUGGCAAGGCCUUCCACCCCACCUAUGAGGAGAAGCUUCGUCUGGUGGCACUCCACAAGCAGGUGUUACUGGGGCCAUACAACCUUGACGCUUCUCCAGAGGUGGGCUUCUUUGACGUCCUGGGAAAUGACCGCAGGAAAGAGUGGGCUGCUCUGGGUAACAUGGAGAAGGAGGAGGCCAUGGUGGAGUUUGUCAAGCUGUUGAACAAAUGCUGUAAUUUAUUCGCUCCCUAUGUCACCUCCCACCAAAUAGAGAAGGAGGAACAGGAGAGGAAACGGAGGGAGGAGGAGGAACGACAGCGCCGGGAGGAUGAAGAGCGGGAGCGACAGAGGCAGGAGGAGGAGAGACGGAGGCUUGAAGAGGAGGAGAGGCUGAAGCGGGAGGAGGAGGAGAGGAGACAGUUGGAGGAGGAGAGGCUACGGGUGGAGCAGCAGAAACAGCAGAUCAUGGCAGCGCUGAAUGCCCAGACGGCGGUGCAGUUCCAGCAGUAUGCUGCCCAGCAGUACCCAGAGAGCCCUGAGCAGCAGCUGGGUCUCAUACACCAGCUACAGGAACAACACUACCAACAGUACAUGCAGCAGCUCUACCAGGUCCAGCUGGCACAACAACAGGCGGCCUUACAGAAGCAGCAGGAGGAUGCAGUGGUGCAGGCCACCCUGGAAGCCACCAGUGAGCCUGUAGCUGCAGCGCCCCCGGCUAGAGAGGAGGUCCCCUUGCUCAAUGGCCAGUCAGACUCCCACUCUGAGGGCAUGGACAGGGAACCAGAGCCCCUCGAGCCUGCUGAGGAGGUCACUGAGAACGGGCCCAUAGGUACACACACGCAACGGGCAGCAGACUCUCCCCCGGUCAUAGCAGCCCCCUCCAUGUGGACGCGUCCCCAGAUCAAGGACUUCAAGGAGAAGAUUCGGCAGGACGUGGACAGUGUGAUCACGGUGGGGCGUGGCGAGGUAGUGACAGUGCGCGUGCCCACCCACGAGGAGGGCUCCUACCUCUUCUGGGAGUUCGCCACGGACCACUACGAUAUCGGUUUCGGAGUCUUCUUCGAGUGGACGGACGCCGCCAAUGCCUCGGUCAGCGUGCACGUCAGCGAGUCCAGCGACGAAGACGAGGAUGAGGAAGGAGAGCCCCCUAGUGAGGAGGAGAAGGCUAAGAAGGAGGCAGGGAAGCCGCAGGUGGAUGAGAUAGUGCCGGUGUACCGGCGGGACUGUCACGAGGAGGUCUACGCCGGCAGUCACCAAUACCCCGGCCGUGGAGUCUACCUUCUCAAGUUCGACAACUCUUACUCUCUUUGGAGGUCCAAGAGUGUCUACUACAGAGUCUACUACACUAGAUAAGCCUGGAGGGACUACAGGAGGCAGGGAGUGUGUGUGUGUGAGGAGAGGAGGGGGGGAUGAGAGGAUCUGUUCUGGACUAGACCUCCAGAGGGCGACAGAGUUGCGUCAGACUCCCACUGGAGAUGGGACUCCCGUUGGAGAUGGGACUCCUAUCUGUUUGGUGUGUGUGUGUGUGUGUGUGCGCCUACACCUCGUUGGAGCCUGUGGAGUCCGGGAGGGAGUUAACCCUGUAGUGUAUUCACCACCUGUCUUCUUCUUGCUCUUAGAGAUCAACUGUAGGACUUUCUUGUAUUUAAUGGCCAUCUUUUCUGCCCAAACAUCAUCUAGCCCUAUUCUACCCUGUCAUGUCAUUGUUAUGGCUGUGCUUCUAUCUGAAUGAGACACUCCUUAACCUGAGUUUAUAUUUAAGCUGAAGUCCAUAAUGGGUUGGGGUUUUGUCCAAUGAGAGAAGUCAUUGGUCAAACAGAGUCCAAACAUAGUGACACACUACGCUACAGCAACAUGCCUUUGUACUACAGAAGGAGUCCCUCAUAGACCACCACUGAGUAACACUAAAACACACUCAUCUGAACACAAUCAGUUACUCCUCAAGUGGCAAUGCUUCUAUCGAAAGAGCUAAGCCCAAAUCCACAUCAACCCCUAGCCCCUACCACCUACACACUCCUGGAGAUCUGAGAGGGUUGAAUUAAAGACAUAAGCAAUAUUGCAGAAUUUGCGAGAUUGUGUCUAAAAAGCAUUUCAUUCAUAUUUAUUAUUCACCCUUUCUUGUAGUGUAGGAUAACUUUUGUCUGUAUAAUAUUUGGGUGUAUUUAAUCUCCAAACAGUGGCCUCCCUGCUUCAGGAGACAUGUCUCUAUAGUCUUUAGAUGCUUCCUUUCCUCACCUCCUUUCCUUCAUGGCCACUGAUCUCAAAAGACAUGAGAGGUGAAAAUGAUAAGGAUGGAAACCUACCCAUCUUUCCCUAUCAGUGGCUAUGAAGGACAAGGAAAGCAAGCCAGUAAGGAGUAUUGUCUGUUCUGAAGGAGUCCUCUAUUGACCACUCUGUGUGAGUUUGUCACUGGACUGGAGAUGCUAAUUAGAUUUCUGACUCAUACAUACCAACUGCCGGCUAACCACCUAAAAAGGGAAUCAUCAGUUGAAACAAUAACAAAGUGAACUCCCCACCCCUGUAGUCGGUAAAAAGCUGAGGGAUAGGGUCGGAGAAAGGUAACCACUCUCAAAUUCAUUGACCGAGCUAUGGAUGCAAAUCCAUGAUAUUACAAUUAUAGUUUUAACCAUGUUUUGAGGCUAUAUAGUGCUUGUUUACAUUUACUUUGUUUACCAACAUUGGAGUGAAACAAGCUUAUAUUUGGAGUUCUGAUAGGUUAUGACUGUUGAACUAAGCUCAUGAGGCAUUUCUAAGUUAUAUUCUUCAAGAAUCAAUGGGAAUAUUUCAUUAAUUCAGAAGUCCAAAAAUGGAUGAUGCAAUUGCAGAUUGCCCCUUUAAGAUGAUUUUAGCCUUUUGUUUUGGUCAUUUUACUGUUACAUCUCGAUAGCAUUUUAUAUUUCGUAAUUGAUGGAUUGAUUCCGAUUUUUCUGAGAUGAUCACAUCUAGCUCUCUAGUCAUUCAUGUCUCUGGUUGAGAGUAAUCAGUUACUAACUGAACUCAGACUGAGCUCUGAAGAUAUAUUUUCUUUAACUCUUAUGCUCUCUUAGUUGUUUAUUUUGUUGCCAUUAUUUAGUAUUGUUCAGUCAGACUGUUCACCUACAUUGCAUCUGCAUGCUUUGUGUUUCACUUGAAGUCAGAUAGCCACCAGGGUUUGUUGAUGAUGAUUCUGUAUGAAUUGUUCUUCUUUUGAAAGACUGUUUUUCGAUUAAUCAUACUAUUGUUUGGUUUCUGAUGGGUUUCCAUGUCUCGUUUCAAUUAAAAGAUGCCUGACAUUACCUUAACACUUAUUAACGUUCACUGUGCCGAGGAUGGUUGCACAGCGUCAUCAGACGGGCUCAUCAACAGGGGUCAGAAAGAGAUGGCUCACCCACUCCCUCUCCUAGUUGUAGUUCAUCCUUGUUGACUUGUCUGGGAAAGGAGUCAAGUGAUAAAAUUGGAAUGUGGCCAUGGUUUUGACCCAGAAAUUGAGAAAUACAUCAUGCAAGGCACUGUUGAUGGUAAAGCUAGUCAGGAGCCACAAAGUUCAAGAAAUGCCCAUUAUUUAGCUCUUUCAUUGUUCUGUUCAUUUGUCUGAAGUACUUUUUCUCACCAACUGGUAGCCUAAUGAUACAGAUUGUUCUAGCCUUGUAUGUAAAUCAUUAUAUAAAUGGGUUGGAAGUGUGGGUUCUAGAGAUGGGUGAAAAGGCCAUUGGUUGAGAGUUGAUGCACUGUAAAGUAUGGUGAAUGGGAUAUUAUGUACAUUGUUCCCCAAAAGAAAAGUCAAACUCUAAACUGAAAGACUGAAUGAAAUGUGGAAAAAAAGCUCAACCAUUUUUGUUUUGCUUUGACUAUCUUUGAUCCGUAUGAGUUUAAAGAAGAAUCUGGGCAUAUAUUUCAUCUUGAUUAAAUUAUAUGUUCAUCUCUAUUA